AACGAUAACUCUAACAAUAACUCUAACCAUAACUCUAACGAUAACUCUAACAAUAACUCUAACGAUAACUCUGACAAAAACUCUAACAAAAACUCUAACGAUAACUCUAACAAUAACUCUAACAAUAACUCUAACGAUAACUCUAACAAUAACAACGAUAACUCUAACAAUAACUCUAACGAUAACUCUAACAAUAACUCAAACAAUAACCCUAACGAUAACUCUAACAAUAACUCUAACAAUAACUCUAACGAUAACUCUAACAAUAACUCUAACGAUAACUCUAACAAUAACUCUAACAAUAAUUCUAACGAUAACUCUAACAAUAACAACGAUAACUCUAACAAUAACUCUAACGAUAACUCUAACAAUAACUCUAACAAUAACUCUAACGAUAACUCUAACAAUAACUCUAACGAUAACUCUAACAAUAACUCUAACAAUAACUCUAACAAUAACUCUAACAAUAACUCUAACGAUAACUCUAACAAUAACUCUAACGAUAACUCUAACAAUAACUCUAACGAUAACUCUAACGAUAACUCUAACAAAAACUCUAACUAUAACUCAAACAAUAACUCUAACGAUAACUCUAACGAUAACGAAUAA